AUGCAGUUAGUGCUCUACAGAGGAGAAGCAAGACAGCCAGAGAGCAUUUCUGGUCUAGCAGUAAGCAAUAAAUAUAUUGGAACUGCAUACGCAAGUGGAGUGAUAGAAAUAUUCAGUAACCCACACCUAUUCAGCCUCGCCAGAAUUGACAUAGGAAUGAGGGACAUUCAGACAAUGGACUUUAACGGUGAUGUCCUAAUAGUUGGUUCGCUGACGGAAGGAAUAGCCUGCAUAGACACUCUCACAUUCACAGUGAAAAGAGAAAAGAAAGAAGGCGUCUGGAAAGUGCUCUGUCACCGAGGAGACAGAAUGGUUCUCUACAGUCUGGCAGAGGGUGGCUCAGAGGUAUUCGUAAAUGGAGAAUUCGUGUAUAGAUACAAUGGGUACAUUAGUGCAGCAUGUUUUGGCCACAAUAAAGGAGAGUUUAUUCUAGGAACGCAUGAUGGGCGUGUUAUUAAAAUAGAAAAUGGCAGGGGUGUAAUGGACAUAGCCUUGAGCAAAAAUAAAGAAAGUGCUGAGACUGUAAUGGAGCUUGUGCAUAUUGUAGGCGAUGAGUAUGGGUGCUGCACAAUAGAAGGAAAUUUCCAUGUGGUAGAUUUGCAGCAGGGCGUGAUCCAUCAGACAGUAAAUGUCAGAAAUAGUUCUCUGAAUACUAUGUGCACAAUGGGAGAGAAAGUGUACAUGGCAGGAGCAGACUCAAGAAUUAUUUGUUACAUGAAGACAAAUAAACACUAUAUAAAGGAGUCCCAGGAUGAUGUGUGCUAUAGUGAUGCGCUAUUUAUGCGAGAGUCCAAUGGAAAUAUAGUUCUGGCCUCAGAGUCAGGUGUUUUGAUCGUCGUGCACCUGUAUAAAACAGAAAAAAGACUCACUCUGCAGAAGUAUCCUGCAUAUCCUGUGGCCUGCACAAAUAACAAGGUGUACAUGGCAUCUGGUGAGGAAAUGGAAAUAUUCAAAGUAGAGCAGCCUGAAGUUGCAGGUGACAGUAUAAGGAGCAAAUGUAUUUUUAAGCAUAUAGCAAAGAGCCCUAUACUUGACAUAAAGUCAGUGGAUACUCUUUCUGUUAUCCGAACAAAAGAAGGCGUCAGAGCAUACGAGUAUGACCAAGAGAGUGCAUCUGUCAAAGUAACCCUGCAAAUAGGAGGUCUUGUACUGUACCAUACAGUGAUAGAAAAUCAAGUCUGGUGCGUAAUGGAAAAGAAGAAAAGGCUUAUUUUAACUUUAGAAGAUCUAAAUAAAAGUAAAGGCACAGAGACACCCUGCAGAGAGUGGGUACUAAGUGAAUUGGGAAUAGACUUUGUUCCUACGCACAUUGCAAAGGGAAGAAAGAAUGGGGAAGUUCUGAUAUCCGGGUCUGACAUAGUGAUCUUUAAUAGCAUAACCUCUGAGUGCACGAGAAUAUCCUCCAAAGAGACAGAGUACUUUAUCAGUCAUAUAUUCGGUGACAAAGUAUAUGGGCUAGGCCAGAAUAGAAAGGCAGGCCUGAAAGACAGCAGAGUAGUCUCUUUGUUUAGUACCUCAGGAGAGAAAAUAGGAGAGACAGGCGUAGUAUUUAAGACACAAAUUAUUGAUAUGCAGAUAUGCAACAAUGAAGUAUUUAUUGUAAGCCAGAAGGAGCUCAUAGUGCUGCAAGGCCUGGAAGAGAAGAAAAUAGUAGACAUGUCUGCAGUAAUAGAUGGUGCAAGCGUAAGUGAAGAGAAUGGAGUAUUUGCAGUGCAGAGACCAUGGCAAUUUGCAAUGCAAAAGAUUCCACUGCAGGUAUUUAAAGAGAAGUAUGGAAGAAGAUAG